AUGUCCGAAUCGCCUCCCCCACCGUCUUGGAGUGUCGGCGCUAUGGCGACCAAUGCUGCCCAGUUCCUUCGAUUGCCAGUUUUGGCAUCCUCGGGUCUCGCAGUGGUUGCCAGCGGCCUCCUGUAUUUCAAGCAAAAUGAACUAAUCUACCCUCGCAAUAUUCCUGUCGAUGCGCGCACCAAAGUCCCCGUGCCCAGUCAAUUUGGUGUUUCGGACUUUGAGGAACUUCAGAUACCCACCCCAGACGGAGAGUCGUUACAUGCCUACUUUCUUCGUCCGUCGAACAAGCGCCUGGCCGGAGAUGUGACUGUAUUGAUGUUCCACGGAAAUGCAGGAAACAUCGGUCACCGUAUUCCCAUUGCCAAGAUCCUACAAGAGACUCUGGGGUGCAAUGUGUUGAUGCUUGAGUACCGCGGGUACGGAUACUCCACCGGGGUUCCAGACGAGAACGGGUUAAAGAUCGACGCCCAAACCGGUCUGGACUAUAUUCACAACCGCGCAGAGACAAAAGAUACCAAGAUCGUUGUUUAUGGACAAAGUAUAGGUGGUGCAGUAGCUAUCAACCUGGUUGCCGACAACCAAGAUACCGGUGCUAUUGGUGGUUUGAUUUUAGAAAAUACAUUUCUCAGUAUCCGGAAACUGAUACCAACGGUCUUCCCUCCUGCUCGAUACCUUGCGCGUUUCUGUCACCAAUACUGGACAAGUGAAGAUGUACUGCCCAAAAUCAACAACGUACCAAUUCUAUUCCUGAGUGGAUUGAAGGAUGAAAUGGUCCCUCCGUCGAAUAUGACACAGCUCUUUGCUCUCUGCAACUCUAGUCGCAAAGUCUGGCGCACUCUCCCGAAUGGUGGCCACAAUGACACUGUUGCUGAGCCGGGCUAUUUCGAGCACAUUCACUCUUUCGUUACAGAAGAGGUCCUUUGA